AUGGGCGGCUGUUGGUUUAGUAAAAUAAAUGUUCGUUCACGUCAAUAUAAACCAGAUGUGUUGACAAUAAGUGCGAUUAAUCGAACUAAUUCUCUAACACAACAAGGUGUGAAAUCAUUAGCGAGAAAAAACAGACAUCAGAAGUUAAAUGCCAGUAAUAAAGUUCCAAUCAAUGAUAAACUAUACGUGGCUAUUUGUGAUUACGAGGCACGAACUGACAAAGACUUAACAUUUCAUGCUGGGGAUGUACUUAUCGUUCUCGAUGAUAGAUGGUUUCAUAAUCAUGUGUCACGAAAAGAAGCUGAACGGUUAUUAUUGAAUCCUGCAAAUCCACGGGGAUGCUUUCUUGUUCGAAAUUCAGAAACUGCAACAGGUCCCUACUCCUUAUCUGUGAUUGAUAUUAACAAGGAGCGUGGUGUACAUGUUAAACAUUAUAAUAUUUGUAAAUCAGAUAAAGGUUAUUUCAUCGCAGACAAAAGGGUAUUUCAAUCCGUUGAAGAAUUAAUUAAACAUUACAUAGUUCAUUGUGCUCAACCUAAACCAACAACAGCAACAAUAUCAAAAGAUGUUUGGGAGGUACCACGAAAUAGUUUGCAUUUUGUUAAAAAACUAGGACAAGGAAUGUUUGGACAAGUGUGGGCAGGAAAAUGGAAUUAUACAAUCGACGUUGCUAUCAAAACAAUGAGAGUUGGAACCAUGUCUAAGCAAUCAUUUGUUGAUGAAGCAAAUAUAAUGAAAAAAUUACGUCAUGAGAAACUAGUUCAAUUGUAUGCUGUUUGUACCGAGCCGCCUGAUCAACCGAUUUAUAUUGUCACAGAACUGAUGUCAAAUGGAAGUUUACUUGAUUAUUUAAGAAAGCGACAGUAUUUAAAGUUACCGACAUUAAUUGAUAUGGCCGCACAGAUUUCCUCUGGCAUGGCUUAUUUAGAACAUGAACAUUAUAUUCAUCGUGACUUAGCAGCAAGGAAUGUGCUUGUUGGUGAUAAUAAUGUUUGUAAAAUCGCAGAUUUUGGAUUAGCCAGAGUCAUUAGUGAAGGUCCAUAUGAGGCUAAAGCUGGAACGAAAUUUCCUAUCAAAUGGACAGCACCUGAAGCAGCUAUUUUGGGAAAAUUUAGCAUAAAAAGCGAUGUUUGGAGUUUCGGAAUUUUAUUAUACGAAUUAGUAUCACAUGGUCAAGUACCAUAUCCAUCAAUGGGAAAUCGUGAGGCAUUAGACCAAAUUCAACGUGGUUAUCGAAUGCCUCGUAUCGAAUCCUGUCCGGUACAAAUCUACGAAUAUAUGCUUUGUUGUUGGGAUAUAAAUCCUGUUAAUCGACCAACUUUUGAGCAUUUACACACAUUUUUUGAUGAUUAUAUAGCAUCAGCUGGGCCUCAAUAUCAUGCACAAAAUUAA